AUGAAUCAGCAAGACCAGUCAGAUUUUAUGGACAUUGAAGAUGGAUCGGAACUUCAGAUUAUCACCAAUUACGUUAACAACCAGAAAUUAACCAAUGAUUUUGUACUCAGCAUUGAAAAUGAUUUGGACUCUAGAUACAAGCAAAGUAAAGAUGAUACAUACGAGCACUCCAUUUUGUUCGUAGCUGACACCAACUUUGUUCUAUCUCAUCUCAAACUGUUAUCACAAAUUCACAAUAUCGCCCUCACCAAUGAGCAAAUGAUGACACACUUAAAGGUUGUGAUCCCCAUAACAACUAUAACAGAACUAGACGGUUUAAAGUCUAGUAGUAGAAAGGAAGAUGGAUUCAAUGUGGGCAUGCUUGCUAGGUCGGCAGUAGACUGGAUUUAUACCCAUUUGGCCAGCAAUGAUCCUAUCGUCAAGGGCCAAAAACUGUACCAAAGAAUAGAACGAGAUUUGACUCCAGACGCUUCCAUUUUAGAUUGUGCCUUGUAUCUCCAGAGCGAGUACCGAUCUAGUUUGGUUGUUCUCUUGUCAAAUGAUAAGAACUUGUGUAAUAUGGCUCUCACAAAUCAAGUACUGACAGUUUCUUAUCGCACCGGUAUGACUGCAGAACUGAUACUGUCUACGACAUUUCAAGAGCUACAGAAUAGAGGACUAUUAGACGUCAAUAAUGAUGAUCACGAAAUCAUUGACUAUGAACCCACAGUACAACCAGCUGACAAGACUUCUAUAGAAGACGCCAUUGCAACUGUCUACUCCGAAAUUAAAAUGGUAGCACUUGAUUCCUUGGACGCCUUAAUGAUACAGGAGUACGGGGAUGAUUUAGAAUUUACUGGAUACGAAAAGAAAAAUAUUGUGGAAUUGAGUGAUUGUUUCGAUCUGAUUUCCAGGUACGGGGUAUCCACAUUUUUUCACCUCUUUAAGAGGAGUCGACUGAUUGAUUCCAAAAUGUUUCAAAGAAACUCAGCAACAAAACAGAAGUUUUUCAAAACUCCUCCAUCUGAUGCUCCCGAGUUUCGGGAAUUUGUAGAGUUCUGGUGCGAAUUACUCACCUGUCUGUACCAGGCACGAGAACCCUCUCAAAAGAAAGCUUUGUCUCAACUAACUGCGAGAUGGCUGGCCAUAUCCAGUCGGUUUUAA